AGCAAAAACAAACAGCUGAUUUCCAAGCCCUUCAUCUCCCAACUUGGUUGGAAGAAAAAAAGAAAGCUCGAGUCUUGACGGCAGAGAGAGCAGAGCCGCCGCCCCUCUCUCUCUACUAUCUUCAUCUCUUUAAACACGCGUCAACAACCCAGAAGGCCGUUCACCAUUGUACUUUUGGAUAUGAAGAUUUGUUGUGGUUUUGUAAAUACGAUUGAAGAAGAGUUUUUUGGGAUCAAAGUAAACGCGAGCCAAUGAUAUUGGGAUCACCAGGCAGAAUGUUAUAGGCUGCAACCUCGAUUUGGGAUUACUGAGCACUUUGAGGAUUUCAAGACUGUUGUUAACAAAUUGAUAAAUGAAGUCUGAUUGUAUUAUGGAGAAUGCUUAUUUAAGGAGUUUCAAUUCUCAUUGAGGGGAAUGCAUAAUAUUUUCCCUGUGGAGCAGUUACUCUUAUCUUGGGAGGUGUAUCCAGGUGAUACUGUGUCUGUAAAUUAUGUUGCGAGCAAAGCACAUAAGUAAUCUUUCAAGCAGUGCAAGGUCAUUUUUCCUUAAUGGGCCACGAUGUAGUGCAACAGAAGGAAGUUCAUGCACUUGCUCUGAAGAUGAAACUUGUGUUUCGCAAAGGCAGCAAACAAGAAAUGGAGGGCCACUUGCCCAAACUCCAUCCACCAUGGUAUCCAAACCUUCAGCAGGGGCAGGAACCAUCAUCACUGGAGAUGCAGUAAAAGUGGCAAGUUCUCAUAAAGCUGAGAGUGUUGAGCACACAACUAAUAUUAAACAGGUUACAACUGCCCCAAGAUCUUUUGGGAGAUCAGCGACUGUAACUUAUUCUAGUAGCACGGAUGCGGUACACUCAUCACCUCUUGUUGUAGACCAGUUUGCUAGGGCUGGAGUUGCAGCUGUAAAUUUUCUGUCUGAUAUAGUAAAUGGUAAGCUUCCUUUAUCAGAUGGGCUUGGAUUGCUUAACUUGCCACAGAACUGUAUGGUUGAUCCCACGAGGCCCCUCUCCAGUAUCAAGCCCUCACAUGUGAAACAAAUAAAAAGAGAGCAUUUCAUUAGUGUUCAUCCAAAACCAUCUACUGAGACAGCAGCUGCUUCAAAGCAUACAAGUAAUAAUCAUGGUUCAAAGGGCAAAGGAGAGAAACCCAGUUUCGUUAAAGGUCUAAAUCAUGUUCCAUACACUAGGAAGGAAAACUCAGUGGUGGCUCACACCGCAUCUUCUGACACUUUUGAUAAAAGGUCUAUGCCACGGAAAUCAAAAGGGCAUUCAAACAACUUCAUUCCAAAUUACAGUUCCAAUGUGCAGACUUCUGAUGCAGAGAGUAUGGGUCGUGUCACUAAAGGUUUUAAUAGACCUACAAGAGAUAUGAAAAUGCCAACAGGGAUAACUCCAAUCAACAGACAGUUUGUGCAUACUGGGAAUGUUGUUCAAAAUGUAUCUCACAUACUGCAACAGAUGAGAUGGGGUCCUGCUGCAGAGGCGGCUCUUUUAAAUCUCAACUGUUCAAUGGAUGCAUAUCAAGCAAACCAAAUCUUAAAGCAACUUCAAGAUCAUUCUGUUGCUCUGAGCUUUUUUUAUUGGCUAAAGAGGCAGGCAGGAUUCAAGCAUGAUGGGCACACUUAUACCACCAUGGUUGGCAUCCUUGGUCGUUCCAGGCAGUUUGGUGCCAUUAACAAAUUGCUUAAUCAGAUGGUGAAAGAAGGAUGCCAGCCAAAUGUUGUGACAUAUAACCGGCUGAUUCAUAGUUAUGGUCGUGCAAACUAUUUGAAAGAAGCAAUGAAUGUGUUCAACCAAAUGCAAGAAGCAGGGUGUGAACCUGACCGUGUCACGUACUGCACACUAAUUGACAUCCAUGCAAAAGCUGGGUUUCUUGAUGUUGCUCUACGACUGUAUGAUGGGAUGCAAGAGGCUGGUCUUUCUCCUGACACAUUCACUUACAGUGUAAUGAUCAACUGUCUCGGAAAAGCUGGCCAUUUAGCUGCUGCUCACCGUCUGUUCUGUGAGAUGGUUAAUCAGGGUUGUGUUCCUAAUUUGGUCACGUAUAAUAUCAUGAUAGCUUUGCAGGCCAAAGCAAGGAAUUAUGAGACUGCUUUAAAGCUCUACCGUGACAUGCAAGGUGCUGGAUUUGAACCAGAUAAAGUAACUUAUAGCAUAGUAAUGGAGGUGCUUGGCCAUUGUGGGUAUCUUGAGGAAGCAGAGGCGAUUUUUGGUGAAAUGAAACGGAAGAACUGGGUACCUGAUGAACCUGUUUAUGGUCUUUUGGUAGAUUUGUGGGGUAAGGCGGGUAACGUCGGAAAAGCCUGGAAUUGGUAUCAAGCAAUGCUCCAUGCGGGUUUACGGCCUAAUGUUCCUACUUGCAAUUCUCUGCUCAGUGCUUUUCUUAGGGUGCACCAGCUGUCUGAUGCUUAUAACUUGCUACAGAGCAUGAUGGGUUUAGGUCUGAACCCUUCUCUGCAGACAUAUACCUUGCUUCUCAGUUGUUGCACAGAAGCACGGUCACCAUAUGACAUGGACUUUUGUUGUGAGCUUAUGGCAGUUACAGGCCAUCCUGCACACACAUUCCUACUGUCUAUGCCAUCGGCGGGACCUGAUGGUCAAAAUGUGCGAGAGCACAUGAGCAGGUUCUUGGAUCUGAUGCAUAGUGAGGAUAGAGAAAGCAAGAGGGGGCUUGUAGAUGCAGUAGUGGAUUUUCUUCACAAGUCAGGGCUAAAGGAGGAGGCUGGUUCAGUCUGGGAGGUGGCUGCACAAAAGAAUGUUUAUCCGGAUGCCAUUAGAGAGAAAAGCUCAUGUUAUUGGCUUAUAAACCUGCAUGUUAUGUCUGAUGGUACUGCCGUGACAGCGCUAUCCAGGACACUUGCUUGGUUUCGCCAACAAAUGCUAAUAUCUGGGAUUUGUCCAAGCCGAAUUGAUAUUGUGACUGGAUGGGGCCGGCGGAGCAGGGUGACAGGAUCUUCUUUGGUGAGGCAGGCAGUGGAAGAACUACUUAAUAUGUUUAGCUUUCCAUUCUUCACUGAAAAUGGCAAUUCUGGGUGUUUUGUAGGAUGUGGGGAGCCUCUUAAUAAAUGGUUGCUCCAAUCUUAUGUGGAGCGAAUGCAUUUAUUGUAAGUUGGUAAUGCUUCCUUUCUGUCAUUGCCGCACGAUUUUUGUUCUUUCUCGGCGGGAAAGAUGAGCAGAGUUAGUGUUGAUUAGUGCCUCUAUGUAUCAUGAAGACUGUAUUUGAAGACUAUGUAUUUAUGCUGUUCUCAUGUCAUGUGCAGCUAUUUCUAGAUAAAUGAAUAAGUUCUAUUUUCACCAGUA